AAAAUAAUUAAAAUCAAAUAACUAAAUUAAGCUGCCUCUCUUUUAGGCUCUGUUUGGUGGCAUGGCAAUGGCUAAGCUCACUGCUCUUGUUGUUCUCCUCGCACUCAUUGCCAUCUCCACCCUCUCCACCACGGCACUGGCUAGCCAAUACCACAUUGACUCGGCACGAUAUGGUCCGGGCAGCUUGAAGAUCGGCCAAUGUGGUUCUGAAUGUUCGAGGAGAUGCAAAAAGACGCAGUACAAGAAACCGUGUUUGUUCUUCUGCAACAAGUGUUGUAGAAAGUGCCUUUGCGUGCCCCCGGGGUAUUAUGGUAAUAAAGCCGUUUGCUCGUGCUACAACAACUGGAAGACCAAGGAAGGAGGACCAAAAUGCCCUUGAUCGACUUAUAUUAUUGUUUUUUUUCUCAAAAUUUUAAUUUAAUUUUCUUGUUAAAAUUAAUUUUUCUUUUUGUUUAAUUGUAUUCGGAAGAUGUUUCAGCUUUUCAAAGCUCCAUUGGGCUUAGCACUUUUACUGCCUAAAGUGAGAGCUAUGUGGCCAAAAUACUUGGUCAAUGUUAUUAUUUUUAUGUUAUUGGUAUCGAAUUAAAAUGGUCUCUUGAGUGUAAUUCCGGUAUAUACGGUAUAAUUCCGUAUUUUAUGUUAUUAUUUUAUGUCUUCUAUCGAAUUAUUUUAUGUUAUUAUUUUAUUUUAUCGGUGUUUACAGUAUAAUUUUGAUACAAAUCGGUAUAAACGUAAAUCCAGUAUUUUGAGGGUAUUUUGAGUGUAAUCGUACCGUA